UCAAUUUAAGAAAUCUGAUCAUCUUCUCUUUCAAAAAUCUUUCUGUGCAUACACAUAACAUCACUUUAAUUUUCACUCACAACACCAUGGUUGUACAGGACUGUGGACCAUCCUCUGAAGUGGGUAUAUGCUAAUCCAUUUAAUGUGAAAUAAAACUUUGAUGUUAAUCUUACUAUUCUCUGAAAACAGCAACAUUAUUGUUAGCUUAAUUGCUAAUCCUGGACAUUUCUGCUCUCAGCUGACAUCAAGUCAGACAAACCUUGGCAAUGGAACAGUGGACAGUGGAAGCACAGAUGUCCCAGUUUUCUGCUGGGACUUGAACACAGCUUAGAUUUGUGGAUCUGUGUGAAACUACCUGGGUCUCAAAACCCUAUGUGGACAUGCGAUGUGACCUGUAUGUAAUGAAUGAUUCGUGCAUGUGCACUUAAGGUUUUGUAAGUGAGGCAAAGGGUUAUGUGUAUUUUUAGAUAUUUGUGUGCACAGGAAGAUUUUUUGAAAGAACAUAAUCAAAUUUCUGAACUUGAAGUUGUGCGUAAACAAGCAGCAUUUAUUUAGGUUUGGAUGUACAGAUUUAUAAAAUGGUUUUCCGUGUGGUUAAGAUGUUUUGUAUUUGUGUUUGGAGCACACAUUUGGAGUUCCAAAGUUACAGACCCACCCUUAAGAUUGACCUCAGUACUCAUUCUUCUCGGGUUUUAUGAGUUUGAUUUCUUUGUUUGGAGAAGUUUCAGUAAACACUUUCCUACAUUGAAGCCUUUGACGCCUUUGACUUCUACCUGUUCCCGUGUUUCAAAGGGAGAUGAGGAUUGUAUGCACUGGGUUUUAGGGGGUUAUAGAGUCCCAGAUUCCAGAUUCACUUGGUUAAGUGCAAAGGUUUGUCUUGGGGUACCCCUGUAGGGUAGAGCCUACAGGGGUUACAAACAGUGAACAACCCCCUUUCCCCCCAUUGGACUAUCCAUAUACCAAAAGAACAGCAGCCUAGAUGUCCAGUAACUGAUUUCCUUUGUUGCAUCUUUAGGGUCAAAUCAUGGUCCAGGGAAGCUACAGUGAGCUGCAGUCCUCUGACCUCGAUAUGGUGUCCCUGCUGAGACGUGAUGAGGAGCAGAAGCAAUUGUCUCCAUUUGCUGACCCAGAAAAACUGUCUUUACAAAGUCGGUGGACAAAUGAUUCUCACAGUUCACACUGUUUCCUCAACUGCCCCCUUCCACCAGAAAGCACCUACACUGAGCAUCUUCCUGUUGAAGCUAUUCAAACUAUUGCAGAGGAGACACGAGCUGAAGGAAAUGUCAGCAGUCACAUUUAUUUUACAUACUUCACGGCAGGCUGUAGCCUUCUGGUUUUAAUGGUUAUAGUAUUUCUCAGUAUUCUAGCUGAGGUGGCAUAUAUCCUUCAGGACUGGUGGUUGGUAUACUGGGCAAGAGAUGAUUUUACAAACGGCACAAACAGCAGAGUCACUGCUGUUAGCCUUAAAAGUGGAAUGAAUGUUACUAGUUCAUACCAAGAGUUUAAUCUCUCUUUUUACCUCAGCAUUUAUUCAGGUUUGACAGCAGCAGCUGUGGUCUUUGGUUUUGCCAGGAGUUUGGUGAUAUUUCAUGGGCUGGUGAGAUCAGCUCAGACUCUUCACAACAGCAUGUUUAGUGCUGUGCUCCACACUCCUGUUAGCUUCUUUGAUGUCAACCCCAUAGGAAGAAUACUCAACAGGUUUUCCAAAGAUGUCAGCCAAAUGGACUCCGUGCUACCUAUCACCUUUGUGGACUUCUAUCAAUUAUUUUUACAGAAUGUUGGCGUUAUCGCGGUGGCAGCCUCAGUUAUUCCUCUCAUCCUCAUCCCUGUUGUGCCUCUCCUGUUAAUCUUUCUGUAUUUGAGGAGCUUGUACCUUCGUACCUCACGUGAUAUCAAACGCCUUGAGUCAACAACUCGGAGUCCAGUUCUCUCACAGCUGUCCUCUUCCCUUAAUGGUCUUUCUACAAUCAGAGCUUCCAGAUCAGAAGAGAAGUUAAAGAAAGACUUUGAUGCCCAUCAGGACCUGCACUCAGAGGCCUGGUUUUUGUUCCUGAUGACCUCCCGCUGGUUUGCACUACGCCUCGACAGCAUUUGCUCCAUAUUUAUUACCCUCACAGCAUUUGGCUUAAUAUUACUCAGAGAUGGGCUGGUGGCUGGAGAGGUUGGCCUGGUUCUUACCUAUGCUGUGACACUGAUGGGAAACUUCCAGUGGACAGUGAGACAAAGUGCCGAGGUGGAGAACAUGAUGACAUCAGUGGAGAGGGUGGUGGAGUACACUGAGCUAAAAAAUGAAGGGCCCUGGGAAACUCAGCAGCAUCCUCCCUCUGAUUGGCUGAGCCAAGGAAUGAUAACCUUUGAUCGAGUGAACUUCUUCUACAACACAGACGGACCGCCGGUCCUCAAAGAGAUUAGUGCCACGUUUCAUGCCAAAGAGAAGGUCGGUAUUGUGGGUAGAACAGGAGCGGGGAAAAGCUCUCUGGUCUCGGCUCUUUUCCGCCUGGCAGAGCCCCAGGGGAAGAUCUGCAUCGACGGUGUUGUGACCUCUGAGAUCGGCCUCCAUGACCUGCGCCAGAAGAUGUCCAUCAUUCCUCAGGACCCAGUUCUGUUUACUGGCACUGUGAGGACAAACCUGGACCCUUUUAACCAGCAUAGAGAUGAAGACCUGUGGAAAGCUCUGGAAGAGGUACAGCUGAAGUCUGUGGUGGAGGAGCUCCCUGGAAAGUUGGAGGCUGUCUUGGCUGAGUCGGGCUCCAACUUCAGUGUGGGUCAGAGGCAGCUGGUGUGUCUAGCCAGAGCCAUCCUGAGGAAGAACCGCAUCCUCAUCAUCGAUGAAGCCACAGCUAACGUGGACCCGAGGACAGACGAGCUGAUCCAGAAAACCAUACGAGACAAGUUCAAAGAAUGCACAGUGAUCACUAUCGCGCAUCGCCUCAACACCAUUAUAGACAGUGACCGCAUACUUGUGCUGGAGAGUGGGACCAUCCAGGAAUUCGACCACCCCUUUAUCCUGCUGCAAAACAAAGAAGGUGCUCUCUACAGGAUGGUGCAACAGACGGGCCAGGCUGAGUCAGCAUCUCUACUGGAGUCAGCUAGACAGGCAGCACAGAGGUCCUGAAAGUCUGUGGCCAGUGAAGCGUGACUGUUGUGCCUAAGAACUGGAAGCCUUCUACCACUUUGCUAACUUGUACACUUGGAUCCUAGAACAGUAGAACCACCGUGGGUUUAAAUUGGACUCCCUUGGUAUUUUUAAAUAAAUGUGUAACUACUAAAAGAAAUCACUGCCGUCUCUGAUCCAUGGCUUACACCUAAAUGAAAAAACACAACAAUGAUCAUUACAAAUGAUAAGGAUCAUUUAUACCACGAACCUUCCAGGGGUUAUAUUUACCCCUUUUUUUGAAAUGCUGAGCUUUACAAUUGUGCUACACUUGGUUGCCUUGCAGUGCUUAUUGGUUACAUAUUUUAAUAACCACUCUCCUAUCCGAUGACCCAUAGCUAAGAGGAUUAGCUGACAACACAAACAGAUAGGAAGCUAGAGUUAUAUAGAAAGAUUAAUAUUUAUUGCAGAAUUUAAAGGGGUUGGGAUAUUGAGGGAACAGGGAGCAGGUCAGAAAGGUUGACUGGGCAGGUUGCUGCCUAUGCAAACCAGAGAAAGCUGAAUCUUAAAUGUCCAGGAGUCCAGGGCUGAAAACUGGGGCUGGAGCAGACUGUGUGGUGGAUCAUCCAGAGCUUAUGUCUUUUUAGUAGUCUUGACUAUAGGAUGGGAUGAUGGUGGGGCUCUACUCCAACUGACUCUUUAUUGUACUUAGUUGACAGUGUUGUCUUCUGCUACUCUAUAGUUCAAGGUUCACUAUCUUGGUGUCAGGUUUCCAUUUAGCAGCAGUAAUAAUGUAGUAGCCACAAUGGCCCUGCUGUGGUGAAAGAGUUUAGGUAUACUUACAACAGUAAACUCUGGGAGUAAAUGCUUAAAUUUAUAUCUAGAUACUGGCUCUAACACAAAUUCUCUCCUUUGAAGUAACCAGUGAAUUUUCCUCCAUUAAUGCUGUUCAUAAUUCUAACAGCAAACCUCUUGUGACUCUUCAUUAACUAAGGAGCUGAAGCUAGAUGGUAGUUUGUGUAGCAUAAAGACUGGAGAUGGGUAAAUGGACUGGUUCUCAUAUAGUGCUUUUUUACUUGAUUACUAAUGGAUUGGAUUUAUAUAGCGCUUUUCAAGGCACCCAAAGCGCUUUACAAUGCCACUAUUCAUUCACUCUCACAUUCACACACUGGUGGAGGCAAGCUACGGUUGUAGCCACAGCUGCCCUGGGGCAGACUGACAGAAGCGAGGCUGCCAUAUCGCGCCAUCAGCCCCACUGGCCGUACUCAAAGUACUUUAAACACCAUUCACACACACAUGCAUACAAGCACUUUUUCAGGGAUUGAACCGCCUGUCUAGUGAUGACAUGCUCUAUACUCCUGAGCCACCUGCGUGAGUAGGUGUUGUUUCAUAAUAAACCAAAUCCAUGAACGAAUGAUGUGUGAAAAUGAUCAGUGGUUGCCAAUUUGUUUGCCAGGAACAUUGAUGAUUUUUGCAAUUUCAGUGUUUCUUUUUCAGCUUUGGAGUCUUCAGUUAGUAUAGAGAAGGUACAAAGCAGUUUUAAACCACACAAGUUCAGUUUAACUGGACUCCGUUGUUCUGUUAGAUGUAUUCCUAAUAGAGAGAGCUUCCAUUCUAUAGUAUGCUGAGCUUUCCUAAAGUAACUAGCUACAUUAUCAUUGGAAUAAAAUACAUCCCUGUUAACAAUUAUACGUGAAAAGAACCCAAAUAAGUCAUACAUGAAAACUCCUAUCCAUUAUUCAGUGAGAAAAACAGAUGUAACAUAUCCAUACACAGGGUUUGGUUACCUUGGCACAUACCUGCAGUUUCCUAAACCUGAUGGUAAUUUUUUUUUUCUUUAAAAAAUGUUUUUGAACUCUGACUUGUUUUUGGACAUUAUCUUAUCUUUAAGCCUAGAUUUGAUGUGAUUAGAUUUAUUGCUGUUCAUUGGUUGGAUGCCCAUGCAUCCAUAGCUAUAAUGAACGUUGUGUAAUUUGGUUAUGAACAAUAUGAUGGUGUAAGAAACAGUUUGCUUGAGUUCUGGAAAUACUUGUAAUCGUAGCUGUUCAUUAUUAUUUUUCUAGCAAAGCUUCUGGUGCACAAAUCACUGACUGUGCUGGGGUGAAAAAUUCUCUGCAUGUGUAUCAACUACAGAACAUUUAAUUCUUGUUAUGUACGCCUGCUAGCUAUUUCUGUGGCCAAAUAUGUGUCUGGUUGCAUCUCUGACCACACCCAGCAGAGAUGUCAUAAUGUAGUAAUGAUUUAGCUCCAACCGUAUACAUCACUGUUAUAAAAGUCUCCUCUGCUAAACCUUUAUUGAUUUUUUUUGGGGGGGGGGGGGAUAUUAUUCUUUUGCUUUGCUUGCCUUGUUUUACAUUCUUUGUAAAUUACUUUAACUGUGUGAGACUUGUGUCUCAUUGAUUCCUUACCUUAAAUAUUAAAAGACUGCUGUCUGGAAAUGUGUGGCUCCAAAUACUCCUGUGUAGUGUUUUGAAAAUUGAAAUUUAUGGGGUGGUUUUAUAUUAUUUCCAUCA